UGCUUCCUUUGCAGCAGGAGCUUCUUGGCCAAACGAGUGAAGCUUUCAGUAGUGCGUGACACUCAUGCUGGCAGGCACACACAGCUUCAAACAUAUGCUUCUGUUCUGGCUGACAGAUUGCUUACCCAGGCAUCAGAAUACUGAAUGCCAGAAAAUCAGAACAAAUGCAGGUUUUUGAAUGACGAUAUAAUGCAUUUUUCCCCAUUUCUGCACCUUAGCAGAUGUGCUUUUAAGAGCUCGAUACAAACCUGCAGCUCAUGGGCUACCUAACAUUAACACUAAGGGCUCCUGCUGUGCAGACAGUUUAGAGUCUAAAAGGAUGAGCAGAAGUCAUCACUGGGCACUCUGGAGUGUCAUUAUUGUUGCUUUAUACUUUGGUGGAGGGGGUGUUAGCAGUACUGCAAUGGAGCAAGACCUCUGUUCCGAUAAGGAACAGCCCCUGUUUUCAGCAGAGCCAAGAGAGCUUCCGGCUAUGAGUGAGUGUACAGUGAACUGUGCUAUACAGACAUAUCAAAGGAUAUGGCUCAGUCAGAAACAUCUAACUGUACGUCUUAAUGAAGCAAGCAGAGGUGAAGAGAGAGAAUACUGCUGGCAGAUGCAAGUGCAGUGCAAAAGAGGGGAGAAGUUACAAAAAGCUUUUAUUUAUUUGAACCCAAGUUCUGCAGCGUAUGGUGCAGCUACUCAGUUUGAACUCUACGGCACCUUCUUCUCAAAGCACAAGCGUUUCAAGCCUACACAAGUUGAUUCAGACAUGGGCAUGGAUUGUGGCAUUCAGUUUGACGUGACAAAGCCAAUAAGACAGAUGGGGAAUACAUACAAUUUUUGUGUGAAAGUGGCUUGCCAGGGUGAAUCCAUGUGUGACACUUCAGAUCUAGUACUGAAGUGUCCUCCAUUCUUGGUAACAAAAUGGAACAGUUCAGCAAAGACUGUCGUGUAGCUGCGUUGUGUCUGCCUGUACACUAUGUUCUUUCAGUGAAUGUAUUUCCAGGAACUUAUAAAUAAACGGAACAUGAGGCAGCUGUCUCUAGACAUAGACCUGUAACUCUUUGCUGACCUUUAAUAUUUUCAUGGAGAGCUCAGCAGAGCACUGCACUUUGUCUUGAUGCAAACAUAUAUUCAGCUGAUCUACAUCCUGGGUGAAUUCUCAGCCCCUCUGACUGAGUGACUUUAUACCCCCCCCUUAUCUGACAAAUUUACCACUCUUACUGUGAAGCGUCAAAUGAGGUCACUGAUUCUU